AUGAAGAAGCUUCGCACCACCACCGCCACCACCACUCUGGCUCUCAUUCUCCUCCUCGUCCUCAUAGCAGCCACGUCCCUCCGUGUCGCCAUGGCUGGAUCAGCGUUCUGCGACAGCAAGUGCGGGGUGAGGUGCUCCAAGGCGGGCCGGCACGACGACUGCCUCAAGUACUGCGGGAUAUGCUGCGCCGAGUGCAACUGCGUACCGUCGGGGACAGCCGGCAACAAGGACGAGUGCCCCUGCUACCGCGACAAGACCAUCGGCCACGGCGCGCGCACGAGGCCCAAGUGCCCAUGA